AUGCCAGACAGCGAUGAGCACACCACGCGUGAGGUUAUCCACCCAGCCUUGCCCGACAUCACUUCCAAGAAAACCAACAGGAACAUCUCUGGGGCUGCGAGCACCACCUGGCCAGUCGACACGAUACCAUGGCAAGUGAUCGAGGCCGUGCAUAGCAGUAUUGGCUAUCGGGCUCGCACGGGUGAGGUUACCAUCGUCAAUGCCGCCAUGACCGCCGGCCACCCUUCCCUCCACAUCCUCGCGCCGCAUGCCACAGGAACCACGACCGCAUCGCAUGUMAUUAUCGCAUGCAAGACCUUCCUCUCGGUGCCCCCAUCCACAAAUCCCAACUCGCGCCCUCCUGGCUCCAUCUACGUAUCGGACACAAGACAGUCGGUCCAGCAGGCGUACACCAGCGUCAAGGCGAUUUUCGGGCACAUCGACAAGAACCUGACGUUGGCCCUCUGGCAGGGAGUGAGCCGGAGGAAGGACGAAAAGGAGUUUCAAGAUCCUCUGUCGGGUGACGCAAUCUUCGCCACUACCGGAAAAAUCAAGCAGAAGACGCAGCGCGGCCAGAUCGACGUCAGCAGACUCCAUACUGUCAUCUUCGACAACUCUAGUAAUCUGUUUGGUUCUACGUUUGCCGAGCAGAUGGAGACUGGCAUAUUCACGGCCAUUCGGAAGGCUAGAUUGAUGGGGAACAACGUCCAGGUGAUUGUGAACUCCAGCCCGCAGCCGCCAGCUUUUGACUUUCGUCGCAUGCUGGAAUCGAUCACAGCGAACACAUACAUGACUCUGCACGUGACAUCUGGAGGUCCAGGUACAGGAGCUGCGGCCAUGAUCUCUAGCGAUUUGAAGUUUGUCGAGUUGCCACGAGGCGAGAAUCUGCUUGAGUUUGGCCUCAAGUUGGUUUCGGUUUUUUUGCGGGAGUACCAGACCACCCGCCGCCUGCUCCUCAUGCUAGACACGCAAGUCRGAACGCAAAACAUGUUCUGGAAGAUUCGCGAGGAUUGUCCCGGCAUGACCGACCAGCAAUUUAGUGAUCGUAUUGGGAUGUACCACGGUGGUUUUGAGCAGCCAGGAUCACUCUUCCGCGGCACUGCUGGCCUCGAUGAUUUCAACGACCCAUACUCCCACAUGCUGGUCCUCGUCACCAGUCCUCUCACAUCCAGCAUUAUUGUGCGCGGCGCCACCGACGUUCUGAUCCUCAAGACUGCCGACGACAUCCUCGAUGACGCCGCCGCUAGAUGGUUGAGCGCCUGCAGCCGUAUUGGUCGUAACGGUGAAACGGGGCGCGUUACAACGGUUCUCUCGGGUGUUCACGACAUGGCGAUGGCCCGCGAUAUCAAGGCACUCCUCGAAGAGAUUGGAAUGCCCGUACCAGGGACUCUGACUAGUGUACUUGAGAUGGGUGAGUAA